CAGCAAAACAAGCCCAUUCGCGGCCAGAUUUUCGAAAUCCAACAACGACAACUCACCCUCCUUUCAGUUCAAGGUUGUGUAGCAUCCUGCAUCGUCGGACACAAUGGCGAUCAAACACAACCAGCAACUGCCCAACAACCACUUCCACAAGGACUGGCAACGCCGGGUCCGCGUGCACUUUGACCAGCCAGGCCGCAAAUCUCGAAGACGGGCUGCUCGUCUAUCCAAGGCCGCCGCCGUCGCUCCCCGACCAGUCGACAAACUCAAGCCCGUCGUUCGAUGCCCUACGAUCAAGUACAACCGUCGCGCCAGAGCUGGUAGAGGAUUCACUUUGGUUGAAUUGAAGGAAGCUGGCAUCCCCCGCAAACUCGCCCCAACAAUCGGUAUCUCUGUCGACGCUCGCCGUCAGACCACCAACCAAGAAACCCUGACCACCAAUGUCGCCCGCCUCAAGGCCUACAAAGCCCGCUUGAUCCUGUUCCCCCGAAAGUCCGGCCAGCACAAGAAGCUCGACAGCUCCGCCGAGGACGUCAAGAUGGCGGAGGACGAGAGCAAGAUCGUCAAGAAGGUCACCGCGGCCAUCCCCAUCGACAGCGGUGUCGGUCUCAAGCACGCCUUCCAGGAGAUCAAGAAGGGUGACAUGCCCAAGGGCGAGGAGAACGCUUUCCGCAAACUCAGAAUCGCCAGGUCAGAUGCCAGACUGGCCGGUGUCCGGGAGAAGAGAGAGAAGGCCAAGGCUGAGGCUGAGGAUGCGAAGAAGAAAUAGACGAAUCGCGGGUUGGCGGGGCCUUGAAACAGAAAAGUGCGAAAGAUUCCUAGCAAGUGCAGCGGUCCAGCAGAAGAUGAUGUUCCUUAUCGGCUUCCCAAAGCCUUGCAAAUGUUCAUGGCUGGAGUGCAUUUCCGAAAAUCAGCAGCGAACAUGGUCGAGGGUUGUGCCCCAUUCACCAUGGUCUCGCAAUCGGUCUUCUCAUGGACUAGUCCUUUUUGUCGUCCUUUCACACGACACGACAUCAAUGACAGGGAGAUAUCAAUGAAAUCAAGUUAACAUCGGAUCUUGCUCUCUACCACUUUGGCUCAAUUAUUCCACUCUCCAAGCUCACAUACCAUGAAUUGGAUUCUCUCGUCAACUUGAACGCAUGGUAUAUUAUCUCCAUACAGCGUCGCUAAUUCAACUUGACAGCAGGUAGCAAUCCUCAUCACCACCGAUUUCCGGUAUCUCAAUCAU